AUGUCACGCGCCUCGGCUGGCUUUGCAGACUUCUUCCCCACCGCCCCAUCAGUCCUUCAACAGAAGCGCUUCAAAACAGCGCAGGAACGACGGAAAUUACAUGUCGAGGGUGAUCAAAUUUCUGAAAGGGUCCCGGAUCGUCCAGUGUCUCUUGCCCCGAGCACACCCGCGACCGUUGAGACGCCUCUCAAACCCGAUACAGACGAGGGAGGACCUCGCACUCCAUCGGUCCCCAACGAGCUUGAAUUGACCAUUUCCGCCAAGGCGAAAAGCGUGGAGGAUAGGACUGGGCUACCUCCACCCACGACAAAUCAUGUCCCAUCACAAAUCGAUACACUGACACCGCUCACUAAUGCGGAGUCAUCACCCCCUUGCAAAUUAACUAGUCCAUCACACCCAAAGAUAGCAGGCGGAGGUUCUCCGGAUACUUCUUCCAGGCCGAAUCCUGAAAUCACCAAAUCUUCCAUCACUCCAAUCCACACCCCUCCGACCCCUCAGUCGCAAACCCGACACCUCGAGCUCCGUGUGAGAGGCUGUAAGGUUGUCUACGACCCCGAUCUGGACAAGCGGACCUCGUCAAAGGAAAAACGGAAAAAGCUCGAGUAUGUGGACAUCGUGAAUAAUGGCCAAACCGAUCCACCACCCGAUCCUCGUCGUGCGAUUGCCAAUUAUACCCGUGGAUCCGGCUGCAAGCAGAAGACAAAAUACCGACCCGCGCCUUACAAUUUGAAGCCAUGGUCCUACGACGUGGCAACGAGCAUUGGUCCCGGGCCUCCGAUCCAGGUCGUGGUGACGGGAUUCGACCCUCUGACCCCGAUUGCCCCGAUCAGCGCGCUUUUCUCGAGCUUUGGAGAUGUGGCCGAAAUCAAAAACCGCACAGACCCCAUCACCGGCCGGUUUCUGGGGAUUUGCUCCAUCAAAUACAAAGAUAGCACCUCAGGCCGGGGAAAUGGCCCAGCGUCAGCAUCUAGCGCAGCCCGACGUGCAUACUUCGAAUGCAAAAAAGAACAACGCAUUGGCACACGCAGGAUUAGGGUCGAGCUGGACCGCGACGGGGUUGUCUCAGAUCGAAUGGCCGCGAAAGCAGUCGAGUCCCAGCGCCAGGCUUCCAAAAUUACCCUUCCGCCCGCAAUUGAACCGAGACCGGAUGUCCAAAUCAAGAAAAGCGAACCACCACCGACUGCGCCCAAAGGUCCCUCGGGCAGAUCAUCCUUACGGCCGGGUGUCGUUAUCCCAGAAGGUCCUAGGGCCGGUGUCCGAUCCCCUGUUGUACAAUCAUUGGUCGAAGAAACUCCUAUUUUGAGUCAGAUCAAACGCGAGCCAUACAUUUUCAUUGCGCAUUGUUAUGUCCCGGUUCUCAGCACAACGGUUCCGCACUUGAGGAAGAGACUCCGGCUCUUUUCAUAUAAGCAUAUUCGUUGUGACAAAACCGGCUACUAUGUCAUCUUCGAGAACUCGCGCCGGGGCGAGGAGGAAACUGAACGCUGCCACCGACUAUGCCACAUGCAACCCUUGUUCACCUAUAUCAUGAAUAUGGAGAGCCAGCCCUACGGGAACCCGAACUACGAACGAAGUCCAAGCCCCGAGCGCCUUCGCACCGAACAACGAAACAAGGCCGAAAAGGAUCGGACAAGGAAAGAGGCCGAUUUGGAUAUUGAGGAAGAGAAAAAGCAGCGGGCGAUUGAUUUGGAUCCAUGCCGGGAGGUAUUGUCUAUCAUCAUUCGCGACCUGAGGGACAAGCUUCUCGAGGACGUGAAGUCACGCAUAGCUGCUCCGGCUCUUUACGAUUAUUUGGAACCGAGUAAACAUGCGUCUAAAAGGGAAAGGCUGGGUAUUUCGGACCCCGAAGGUACCAAACGAUCUGUUUUCCAAAUCGACAGCACCCCUGGCUCUCGAGGUGAAAUGUCUGCCGGGCGAGAUCCCCUGAGAUCCUCAGGUCUGAAUGUCCUUGCUCUUCCUCGUAUCCGGAAAGCCCAUGGUCUUGACCAUGCGGGUGCUGCCUUCCUAGACGAACGGCGCAGGCAACCACUACGAAAGAAAGAAGUGCGGCCCUUGUAUCAUCGCUUACAGCAGUUGCACGAUGAUGAAGAUUCGGACGACGAGCAGCGCACUCCUGCUACUAGGGAUGUCGAUGAGCGAGAGAGCCGACCCCCUAGUCGGGCAAGUUCAACGUCAUCGGAGUUUGAACGGGAUGGAGGGUACCAGUCAGAUGAUCUGGGAUCAUCUCAAGGGAGUGAAGAACGCAUCGCUCAAGCUGUGGACGAUUUGGAUGCCACAAAUGAAAUCAGUGAUAUUUCUCAUGAACUUCAGGUGUCUCCCACGUCAGGCAAAAGAAAGCGACUGACCGAAGAUGACGAAGCACGAAAGCGGCAGCGAAAGGAGGAUGAGCUAUUUGGCAUUGACUCUGAAACAGCCGUACAUGAGGAUUCGACCAAGGACCUGAAAACACUCGCGGUUAUUGGCGAUGAUCUCGCAGAGGAUGGCGAUAAACUACCAACGCACGAUCAACUCGCAGACCAAUUCACCGAGCAUGCCUCUCACAAACAUCCCGAGGAUGAUGCUCUUUCAGUCAGCGAAACGUGGAAGGCCGAACCUACUGAUGAGCCGAAAACAGAGAUUGAAUGGGCCUUUUCCAAGGAUAAGCCCCGCGCCACGGUGGAAGAUGAUGAAACAAUCGUGCUUGAUUUGGAUGGUUGGCAACACCUGGUCAAGGAUGAUGAAGAUCUGCGAUUUUUGCGAGAAAUCCUACUGGAUCAGUCAGAAUCAAUCAUUCAGAAUCUUGCUGCAUGGGGUUGGAAACAGAAGGAGAUCAAAGCUCUCAAUGGCCUGGAAACUGGCACGACCCAGGAUGCUAUCAGUAUUCCUGGCUACUAUGUGCCAAAUACCACUGGCGCUGCGCGGACGGAAGGUCGAAAAAGGAUUCUUGAGGCAGAAAAGUCCAAAUAUCUGCCCCAUCGUAUCAAGGUUCAGAAAGCUCGCGAGGAGCGUGAAGCGAAUGCCAAGGCAGACCCCCAGGCAGCAGCAGCUGAAGCUGCCAGGAUUGCAGCCGCUAAAACAAUAUCAAAAUCGACAUCCCGGUCAACCCGAGUCAACAACCGCCGGCUCAUUGCAGACAUCAAUGCACAAAAGCAGGCCCUUCCCACUGCGAACGGCGAUGGAGACGUUCUUCGAUUUAAUCAGCUUAAGAAACGCAAGAAGCCUGUGCGCUUCGCUCGUUCUGCCAUUCACAAUUGGGGCUUGUAUGCCGAGGAAAACAUCACUGCCAAUGACAUGAUCAUCGAGUAUGUCGGCGAGAAAGUGCGUCAGCAGGUCGCCGAUAUGAGAGAAAGACGAUACCUGAAGAGCGGGAUCGGCAGCAGUUAUCUCUUCCGAAUCGAUGAGAACACCGUCAUCGAUGCUACAAAGAGAGGAGGAAUUGCGCGAUUCAUCAAUCACAGCUGUACACCCAACUGCACUGCUAAGAUCAUCAAGGUCGAUGGCAGCAAACGGAUUGUGAUUUAUGCGCUCAGGGAUAUCGAAAGAGAUGAGGAGCUAACGUACGACUACAAAUUCGAAAGAGAGUGGGACAGCGAUGACCGAAUCCCCUGCCUCUGUGGUUCAACAGGCUGCAAGGGAUUCCUCAAUUAA